UCGUUCAGUCCAAAGUUCUGUUAGACAAGCAAACACAUAACAUAAUAAAAAGCACUUUGCAUCUAAAAGGAAUCACAUAUAAGACCGAACUUUUUCAUGAGAGAAUGGAACUCCUACCCACAAUGCAGUUGUCCACCUCAUUUGUUGUGUUCCUCCUCUUCUGUUUGCCAUUGCAAAGUGCUGGGACAACUUUCUUGACCUUUCACGGAACCCUGUGUAUAGACGAUUGCAAGCUCAACGGUGCUGUGUACAUGUGCAAAACAAUUGAUAAAGAUGGUAGGUGCCAGAGUAUGUACUGUUCACCUCAGGAAAACGUGGACUACUGGGGUAGGCAAUGCAUAGAUAACAGUCCAUGUGGGCUGAAUGGACAGGACUACUACUGGUGCAAAACUGGUCCCUUGUCUUGGGGUUACUGUGGGCUUGUGAUGGAGGAUAAGAACCAUUAUGGAUCCAAGACAGGUGCACUGUGUUAUGACCGCUGUGACCAAAAAGGUGAAGUAUACUUUUGGUGUCACACUUCCCAGGGAUGGGAUUACUGCUCACCAUCGGAAAAUGUAGAUUACUUUAGAAACCACUGUAAAGAAGACAACCCAUGCGGGAAGCACGAUCAGACCUACUACUGGUGCUGGCUGAAGAAAGGAAGCUGGGGUUACUGUGGGCCCGUUGAACCAAAGAUGUUGCUCCACCGGUCUAAGUAUCAUUAUGUGUGCACAGACGAGUGUCAGUAUUAUGAGCGAGGCGAUUACUACUGGUGCCACACUGCCAAAGACUGGGACUACUGCUCUCCGACUGUGAACGUAACCUAUAAGGACACGCCCUGCCGCUCCAACCACUUCUGUGGCUUGCAUAAAGGAGGUUACAACUGGUGCUGGACAACAGAGUCAGAGUAUGAUUACUGCGGGCCCAUUGAAUCUGGAGAGUGCACAUACGUCACCUCUCAACAUCGCAACAGGAGAGCCCCAGAAGAUCCAGUACUGAUAUGCACCCGGCAUGACAAGGGUAACCAUAUAACAACCACUUUUAGUGCACAGCCAGCUCCAAAUGACAUCACCAAUGGCAGACGUUGGAGAAACGAGGCACAAAACUUAAUCAGCCGCUGGGACAAUGGGUACCUUGUGGACCAGGCCCGCUCAAAUCUGAUCCAUUCUGAUAAUCUCCGCAUAGACAUGCAGGGCAUUAUCACCCGCAACAAUCAGCUCUACUACAACCUGCAAAUCCAGGUGAAUGUGAGUCGAAGACCUGGUGAAAGCACCACUGUGUCUCAGAUCAUCGUCCCUGGUGGCAUUCCAGGCCGCUACAUCCGCAGAGCAUUCUGGGAGAGCUUCCAACGCCAAGCUCGGGUUUUUGUUGAAACUUCAACGCAAAAUCAGUGUUAGAGUUAUGCAUUAGAAAUGCACAAAAUAUUUAUCAUAAUUAAAAAGCCGUAAUUUACACAGCAACUAGCACGAUAGACCUUUCUCAGCAAGUACAAAAAAAUACAAGUAAACUUAAAUAUUACUAUAGUAUAUUAUAUUACAACUAUUGUUUAAAAUUAAAUAAAACAAUACUUAAUACAGAUACUUAAUUGCCAUUCUAUUUUGCUUUGCUUUUUCUUUUACUGUUCUCUCAAUAAAUGAAAAC